GGGAGGUUGUGUUUCCCAGCCGGGAGCCGUGCCGGCCGUGCCGGCUGGGGUGAUGCAAUGGUGGUGACAGAGGAGCGGCGGGAGGAAAAACAGUUUUCAGGAAUUUCUCUUUGUUGCUGCUGUUUUGAAUCUCCAAGCCAAAGAGCUGGAAGAGGAUAAAUUGAGUUGAGUUGUACCUCAGGUCUUUGUGCAGUCUGGCAAAAUGGCUGACAGCCCGAACUGUGAUUUGAAGUCUCUGAGUCCACUUCAGCUGUUUGAAAAAGUGACUGAACAAGGAGAGAAAGUCAGAGCACUGAAAGCAGGAAAAGCACCAAAGGAUGAAAUUGAUGCAGCAGUGAGGAUGCUCUUAUCAUUAAAACUGUCAUAUAAAACAACAACAGGACAAGAUUAUCAGGCAGGCUUGCCUCCAAAAGAUCUUGUAUUAAUAAACAAUGGUACAACUAAAGAAGAGGAUGAGGAUUUAGUGGAUCCCUGGAAUGUGCAGACAUCAAAUGCUAAAGGCGUGGAUUAUGACAAGCUCAUAGUUCGGUUUGGCAGCAGUAAAAUUGACACAGAUCUGAUUAAUCGAAUAGAAAGAGCUAUUGGGCAAAAACCUCACCACUUUCUACGGAGAGGAAUCUUUUUUUCCCACAGAGAUAUGGACCAAGUACUUGAUGCAUAUGAAAAUAAGAAGCCCUUUUACCUUUACACAGGCAGAGGGCCAUCCUCUCAGGCAAUGCACGUUGGUCAUCUUAUCCCAUUUAUGUUCACAAAGUGGCUGCAAGAAGUAUUUGAUGUUCCCUUGGUAAUACAGUUAACUGAUGAUGAGAAAUACCUUUGGAAGGACAUGACAAUUGAGAAGGCAUAUGAAUAUGCUAGAGAAAAUGCAAAAGACAUCAUUGCAUGUGGUUUUGACGUCAAUAAAACCUUUAUAUUUUCAGAUUUAGACUAUUUAGGGACAAGUGCUGGAUUCUACAAAAACAUUGUCAAAGUUCAGAAGCAUGUGACAUUUAACCAAGUGAAAGGAAUCUUUGGCUUUACAGACAGUGAUUGCAUUGGUAAGAUCAGCUUUCCAGCUAUCCAAGCUGCUCCAUCCUUCAGUUCUUCGUUUCCACAGAUAUUCAAUGGCAAGGAGAAUAUUCAGUGUCUUAUUCCAUGUGCUAUUGACCAGGAUCCUUAUUUUAGAAUGACUCGCGAUGUAGCACCCAGAAUUGGACAGCCUAAGCCAGCCUUACUCCACUCAGUCUUCUUCCCAGCCCUACAAGGAGCACAGACCAAAAUGAGUGCUAGUGAUCCAAAUUCUUCCAUUUUCCUCACUGAUACACCCAAACAAAUCAAGACAAAGAUUAACAAGCACGCCUUCUCGGGGGGCAGGGACACCAUUGAAGAGCACAGGAAGUACGGAGGCAACUGUGACGUUGAUGUGUCCUUUAUGUACCUGACUUUCUUCCUGGAGGAUGAUGACAGGCUCGAGCAACUGAAGCAGGCCUACACCAGUGGGGAAUUGCUCACUGGGGAGCUGAAGAAGGUACUUAUUGAAACAAUGCAGCCCUUGGUAGCAGCUCAUCAAGAAAGAAGGAAGCAGGUCACAGAUGAAAUUGUGAAGCAGUUCAUGACUCCAAGGAAACUGGCUUUUGAAUUUUGAAGAAAUGUAUAUGUAACUUAGCACUUGAUAAUCCACAACCAAGUAAUUGUUGUCUUCUGUUGUAUGUCAUCACUCCCUAGUUAUGUACAGCCUGUAAUCGGUGCUUUAUAAAUAAUAAGUAAAUUAUCAUGAAGAGCAGAGUACAGAAAAAGUUUUAAACUGGAUUUGUAUCUAUUUAAAAUCAGAAUAAGCAAGACAGAAUUGAUCAAUCUUGCAGAAAAGCAUGUAUGUCAGCCCAGCAUUGUAUUUUAAUGUAUUUCAUGUUGAAAAUAUAAAUAAAAUUUCCAUUUGAUGAUAAAGGCUAA